AUGUUUGUCACUGAUUGGUCGUUUCAUUGGGUGUCAUUCAUCAAAAUUCUAUUUGUACUUAACGAACAUGAUCUAUUGGGCGCAAUGAACACACAGGACAAAACAAUGAAAAUACAGUCUUCUCAAACCGCUAUUGUUAAUAGCUCGCUUGUAGGUAUCGCUAAUGCUCAACAUGAUGUUUUCAUUUGGUUUGCUGGUGACCUGCUGAUUGCAUUUUACUGUUUAAUAUUCAUCUUAGGUCUUUUCGGCAAUUCAGUAGUCAUCUUUGUUGCUAUUCGGAAGCGCAAAUAUCUGAAUGUUACGAACUGCUACGUAAUGAAUUUAGCUUUGGCGGACGUAUUAUUCUUAAUUGUUUCUAUUCCAUACACAACAUAUUUGGGUUUAGUUAACAACUAUCCAUUCAGUGAAAUAAUCUGCAAAAUUCACAUGUACCUCGCUUAUGUAUUUCUUCUUGCAACUUGUAAUACUAUAGCAGCAAUGAGCAUCGAUCGUUAUUUUUAUAUUGUUUCACCAAAAUCCAAAUUAUACUGGCGCACGCCGCAUACGGCGAUGUUGAUCUGUUUGAUUAUUUGGGCUAGUUCACUUGCUUUGAUUGUUCCGUAUCAUAUCAUUUUACACGUUAUCGCCUCGAAUUCUAAAACGUGCGGUCCGGACAGUUACGAGAAUUUUCUCGUUUGUUUUCUUGUCUUUUGUUCUUAUUAUGCUAUUCCGCUUGUUAUUAUCAUUGUCUGUUAUACAAAAUUAGCAAUGCAUGUCAUUCAAUCAAACCAGUUGAUUGCCAACCAUUUAAACGCUAAAAAUAUGCCAAAAUUUCUGAAAAGAAAACAACGGAAAGUAACUAAAAUGGUUAUUGUCGUUACCUUAGCAUUUGCUCUCUGUUGGCUACCAAUACAUAUCCUUGAACUGAUGAAAUGUUCGAAACUAUCCAUACUUUACAUAGUUGCACGUUCUCAUCCGAAAGUUCUCUACACAAUUCGUGCAUUCGCCCACGCCUUGGCAUAUUUUAAUUCGUGUUUGAAUCCAUAUUUGUAUGCAUUAUUGAACCGCAAUUUCUGUUUUGAUCUUAUUGGUAUAAUUCCAACGUGCUUGACCUGUACGAAACAGUCACAAAAGAUUUUAAUGCCCGAUUCCAAUCGCAAUGUUCGAAUGACGUCUACAUGUGUUUUGUCGAAUGAAAGUCUACAUAAAAAACGAUCAGAUAAUGACGACGAUGACGAUGACGACGAUGAAGAUAUGUAUUGCAACAAUGGCAAUACGCAAACCGAUCAUACUGUUAACUGUCAAUUCGAACUGCUUCGCAUGUAA